AUGAGCUCAGAGAGUAGAGAAUACGAAGAGCUUCCAGCUCAGAGCUACAUGGCUAGAAUCUCCAACCUUCCGGGACUCGCUGCAAUCAACGGCCUAGUUUCGUCUUUCCCCGUUCUCAAAAUGUUCACUUCGAACUCGCUUCCUGUAUUGGUCGCUCGAGACGCAAAAAAGAAGAGACUGCAACUUGAAGAGCUGUUUGUCAAUGAGCGGCUCGAGGCUGUCAGAGAGUUUAAUGAAAAACACCUCCAGCCCAGGAAAAAAGAUUGA